AUGACAGCAAGGACACACUUGGCUCUACCGACCUCGACUGCCCACCCCAACCUCCGAUAUUUACCUGCACCCAAGCCGCAUGUGAUUAAUGUCAGCAAGUUGGACAAGCUGCCCCCUCUCCCUCGAGACCGUCUAGCACAGCUGCUCCCUCGACGUCGCUCUCGAGUCUCCUCCUCCUCCUCAGAUGGAGCUCCUGCCGAGACUCCUGAGGCUCGUUAUCUCGCGGCCACGAAGGAACUUGUGCUCACGAGGUAUACCCACCAGAACACAACGAGAAUGAACUCUGAGUGUGAAAGCUAUGACGAAAACACGGAAGAAAAUAUACAGAUAAUCAAGAAGGAUAUGGAAGGAGAUGAGAAGAGCUCCAGCGGAUCCUCUUCUCCUCCCAAACACUUGUGCAGUUCGAUCAAAGAGAAGCUCGAGCAUACGAAGGAGCAGAUGCAGCAGACGCGGAAGAAGAGCAGUAACAAGGUGGGCGUGGAGAUGCCUGCGGACGUGGACUCCAGCUGGGACCGCGCCCCCCCGUGCCCCUCCGCCCGCUUCAGGGUGGCCAGCGGCGCCAGCCAGUUCCGCGAGGUCAACUUCAGCGUGGCGGCCGUCGGGGGGUUUGGGGCGCUCGCCAAGGUCGAGCCUGAGGCCGAGGCAGGGACGUCCUCAGAGGGAGAGAAGGCGGACUCGGCGUCCAGACUCGGGCAAGACCUCGAGGCGACGGUCGACGACAAGGGCGGCCGCCGCUCGGAGGAGAAGUACGCGAUCGUGAGCGCCGACGCCUCGCGGGAGCCGGAGCAGAGGGCGAGCGGCAGCGGCGGGGCGGUGGCGCGCAGGCUGGUCCAGGUCCCUCAGAGUCUCAGCCUGGCCAGGAACGGCGCCCUGGAGCCCGACUUCCUCCGCUUCUCGUCGGGCGCCAGCACCAGCAAGGGCGCAGACCCCCGCGGGUGCCAGACGUCCCUCGGGGGCUCCAUGACGGAGGACACGGAGCUCUCGUGCGGGUCGACGAGGACCCUGGGCGACGAGGAGAGGAAGCCGACGAAGCCCCUGGCGCCGAAGGACGACCGCGAGAGGCCCGUCCUCACCGCCACGUCCCUGGCCAUCUACACGAACAUCGAGCAGAACGGGUCGCGUUCGGGCACGUGCCUCCUGUGCACCACCGCCGUCUGCACCUUCAUCGUGACCAUGGUCCUCGCCGUCGGCAUCCUGAUCGCGCCGAAGACGCUCGCGGUGAAGGAGCCGACGAAGCGGCCGCUCCCGGAGCCCGAGCCGCCAGCGCCGCCCGCUCUGCCCGCCAGCACCAACGCCUCCUCCGAGACGCCCUCCGUCGCGGCGCUGCACGUCCUGACGAUCACUCGGUUGCAAAAGGCUCGUCGGGUGGACGACCGGGAGCGCACUUCUAGCACGUGGACGACCACGCCUCCCGCGACGUCAGGGCACGCGCAGGCGUCUGUGCACCUCGCACCCCCCACAGCCUCUGCAACGCACUCCUCCUCCGCAAGACACACGGGACACACCCUCAAGUUCCUCAGACCCAGCGUGCACUCGCCCUACAGAGAAGCCGCCUUCUCUCCCUCGAGAUCCUCUCCUGCCGCGGCCGCCACGCCCCUGGCCGGGCUUUCCACCUCGACGUUGUUUCGCAGAAUGAUGUUUCCCUCGUUGUCCUCCGGCGCCACUUCUCCGUCGUCGUCACCUCCCGAAAACGCUUCCCCGCCGUCCUCUCCCGAACACUUCCCUCCUUCCUCAUCGCCCGCAGACGCACUCAUAGCCACCUCCUCCUCCUCCUCCUUCAGGCAAACCCAAAACCCCGUCACCGCCCAUACGCCUACACCGCCCAUGACUUACGCCCCAGAGACAUCAUCCCCGAGAAAUACCACGGCGAUUGCGUCAUCUCCAUCGCCCCCUUCAGGAUAUUACUCGCCCACCACAACUAUCCUUCCUCCUACAGCUGCGGGGCGAGAGAGAAGGGAUUAUCUGUCGCAAGAGAGAAUUCUGUUAUUCGGACAAAGCAAUCGUAAAAAGCGGAUGAACUGA